AUGCCUGGCGCAAUCCCCUCGCAUAGAGACCCCACUGAUAUUCUCAACCAGAUCGUCAUCUCCCCCUCAGACACCGACUACCUGGACCAACUCAUCCCCUCAAUCCGCGAAUACAGCCGCGGAAACAAAACCUCCCAGCUCCUCCAGUCCCUCUCCAGAUUCGCCAGCGACCGUGAAUUGGCUAUCGAGAAAGCCUGCAACUCCAACCACCAGGAGUUCGUCGCUUCCGUGAACCAACUCCUCCGCGUCCGCGAAGGCACUGUCAGCUUGACUUCCGAGAUCCUAGACCUCAACCAAUCCAUACAGGCCAGCACGGAGCGGCUGGCGGAACAAAAGAAGGCCCUCGUGGAAUCGCGCAGCCAUCGGCAGAACAUCGAUGAGACCUCGCGCGCCUUGCAGGAUUGCCUGGAGGUGCUACGCCUGGCAAAUCACGUCAAUGACCUGCUGGCCAAGAAGAACCACUACGCCGCCCUGCGCGCUCUUGACGAGCUGCAGAACGUCCACCUGCGCGAUGUCACGCAGUAUAAAAUCGCUGAGACGAUUCAGCGUUCCGUGCCGGCCACACAGAAGGCGAUUGCGGAGGCCGUCAUGGCAGACCUGAAUACGUGGCUGUACCGCAUCCGGGAAAUGUCGCAGUAUCUGGGGGAGAUUGCGUUGUACCAUACCGACCUGCGCAAGACGCGGCUGAGGGAGCGCGCGGAGCUCAACCCCUAUUUCCGCCAGUUUCGACUGAAUUCGGCCAUCGAGCUGGUCUCGGAUGAGCAUGAGGAGUUUGAUCUGCUGCAGAACGAUGACCUGCAGGUGGAUUUCACGCCGCUGUUUGAGUGUCUGCAUAUCCAUCAGUCGCUGGGGCAGAUGGAUAAGUUUCGCGUUGAGUAUGCGAUGACGAGGAGGAGGCAGAAGGAACUGAUUCUGCCGCCCUCGAUUUCUGUCGUUGAGGAUGAUGGUGCGAGUUUGCAUAUGCUUUUAGAGGAGAUUGCGGGGUUUGCCAUUGUUGAGCGGUCAACAAUGAAAAAGGUUCCCAGUCUCAGAUCUCCUGUCGAAGUGGAUGAACUUUGGGACUCAAGGUGUCAGGGUGCUGUUGCUUUGAUUUUAAAAGCACUUCAUACCGUCGACAAUGCCGAAAAUAUCUUGAAAAUUAAGAACUUAGUCGUUUUGUUCAUGCAAGCCAUGGAUACCUGGGGCUUCCCCGUCGGCGUGUUUGAUAACUUUCUCAUAAACCUGUUUGAGAAAUAUGCUGAACUUCUCAAGAGGAGAUUCAGCGACGACUUCCAGGAGAUUGUUUCAACCGAUGACUACAUGCCGAUGCCAAUUCAAAACAUUGAGGAAUAUGAUAAAGUCCUCAAUGUCAGCUGGUAUAAUCCUGAGAAAUCGCGCGAGCAGCAGACAUUCCCAUGCGUUUUGCCAUUCUCUCAAAUGUAUCCGCUAUGUUGCAUCGAUAUCCGAAACUUCCUAAACCAGUUCUAUUUCUUCUCCAACGACGAUUUCCAACACCCAAGCAUGAUCGAUGAGACUUUGAGAGAGUCCCUCGACUCGCUCCUCUCGGAUAAAGUCUGCGAAACCCUCGUCGAACGCCUCGGUUCACAAUACCUAGGCCAAAUCGUUCAAAUCCUCAUAAACCUCGAGCACUUCGAGGUAGCCUGCCAGGAACUGGAACUCCUCUUAGCCGCCGCACGGUCGCCCAACUCCAGCUGUGCAGGUGCCGCCGUAACGCUAAACGCAACGGACAAGUUCCGCAGCAACAAGAAAGCCGCCGAAAAGCGGAUCUUCGAGGUCGUGAAUUCGAAGAUAGACGACUUGAUCGAGACGGCGGAGUAUGACUGGAUGUCGCCCGUGCCGCAGCGGGAGCCCAGUAACUACAUGCAGACGUUGACGAGGUUUUUGUCGAACAUUAUGAACUCGACGUUGUUGGGUUUGCCAACGGAGAUUAAGGAGUUGAUAUAUUUCGAUGCGUUGAGCCACGCGGCGAAUAUGGUGUUGGCCCUCCCCUUGUCACCCGGCGUGAAAAAUAUUAACCCUAACGGCGUCGCUGCCCUCGCGCGGGAUGUCGACUACUUGACCCAAUUCGUCGACAGCCUCGGCGUGCCCAUCCUGCGCGAGAACCUCGACGAGCUCCAGCAGACCGUCCAGCUCCUGCAGGCCGAAAACACGGAUGAGUUCUAUGACAUCUCGACGAGGAAUAAAAAGUAUGGCCGUGUUGAUGCGAUGAAUGGGCCCAUUUUGUUAGAGAAGCUUGUUGCAGCGGUACAGAGCCCGCAGAGGCAGGAUAAGUUCAGUGCGCUGUCGACCAGGUUCGGCAUGAAGUAA